AAAUUUCAUUUGACAUUGACAAGUUCUUUGUUGGUUAUUUAACGUGUUUAUUUAAAAUAAUUCCAAAUAACUCAAUUAAUCGAAAAAAUAACGUUAUGGCAAAAGACGACGAAGAAGACCGAUUACCCGAUAAAGACGCAGCGAAAGAAUUUUACGCGAAAUACGAACCAAAAGAAAUUUUGGGGAGAGGGAUAAGCUCAACCGUUAGGAGAUGUAUCGAAAAAGAAACGGGGAAAGAAUUCGCCGCGAAAAUAAUCGAUGUUAGCACGGAUAACGAAGGAGCAGCUUCUUACGAAGAAACCAAACAAGAAAUCCAAAUUUUAAGACAAGUUGCGGGGCAUCCUUACAUAAUUGAACUACAAGAUGUUUUUGAAUCGGAAACUUUUAUUUUCCUCGUAUUCGAGCUGUGUAAAAACGGGGAACUCUUUGAUUACUUAACUUCGGUCGUAACGUUUUCAGAGAAAAAAACGCGUUAUAUAAUGAGGCAAAUUUUCGAGGCGGUUCAACACAUCCAUAAUUGCGGCAUAGUCCACCGUGAUUUAAAGCCAGAAAAUAUUUUAUUAGACGAUAACUUUAAUGUUAAAAUAACCGAUUUUGGGUUCGCGAAAAAAACGCAACGAGGUGAAUAUUUAAUGGAUUUGUGUGGAACUCCAGGGUACUUAGCCCCCGAAACGUUAAAAUGCAACAUGUUUGAUGAUGCACCUGGAUAUUCCUUUGAAGUUGACAUAUGGGCUUGUGGGGUUAUUAUGUACACUUUAUUAGUUGGGUGCCCCCCAUUUUGGCACCGCAAACAAAUGGUGAUGCUUAGAAACAUCGUUGAAGGAAAAUAUUCGUUUAGUUCCCCCGAAUGGAAUGAUGUUUCCGAUUCUCCCAAAGAUCUUAUUAGAAAAAUCUUAGUUUUAGAACCAUCAAAAAGAAUCUCGAUACGAGAAGCUCUAAAUCACGUGUUUUUUCAUACCAUGCUUUUCGAUGAAGAUAUUUCCCCGCUUAAACAAACUUAUCGCAGAGAUAGCCAGCAAUAUAAUGAUAUCGAAGUGAAAUUAAAGCAACGAGCUUUUAACCCAAGAAGAAAGUUUCAGUUUAUAAUUUUAGUGGUAAGAGCAGCCGUCAGGUUAACUCGGUUACAUUGCACCCCGGAACCCUUAAACAUGACUUUAGCAGCCAUCGAUCCCUACCGGAUAAAAAUGUUGCGGAAAGUAAUCGAUGGUUGUGCUUUUAGAGUUUACGGACAUUGGGUUAAGAAAGGCGAGGGGCAAAACCGCGCCGCUCUCUUUGAAAAUCACAGCAAAACCGAAUUAAAAGAGACGUAUAUAGCAAAUUUGAAUCGAUAAAUUUUAGACGAAUUUUGUAGGUUAAGUUUAAUUUUAAGAAAUGAAUCUAAAAAUGUUUUAAUUAACCAAUAAAGAUACUAAUUUAGAUUUUAA